AGCAAAGUUAUUGGUAGCUGCUCUUGAAAUAAAGUACACGGUUCCCCGUACUUGUCGGACGCAGUCUUCACCAUCCCGUGCCGACACCAUGCGGUCCCUGCUCCAAUAUGUGAUCCAGUCCUUAACGGCGGCAAAUCGAGCUGUCCUGCAGCCUGUGGUCCCAGGGUCUCUGCUUGUAGCACUCUAUUACGGCCCUCCGCAACUACGCAACCAAAUCUUCGAUCUCUUGGCCCGGUACUCUGCGGUGACGCCGCAGAAACUGAAACUGAUUCUGUCUGUCUGGCUCACGCUAGGGGCAGUGAGAGUCGGCAGCAGCGCUUUGAGCAGACUGGCAGCCAACAACUGGCACGCAUCUCCGCCAGAGCCCUGGGACUGGCCGACGGAAAUCGCUGUCGUUACGGGCGGGUGUGGCGGCAUCGGACGAGUGAUUGUCGAGGGCCUCUCCAAGCGCGGCAUCACGGUCGUCGUGGUGGACUUCCAGGAACUCCCUGAAGAUCUGAGGGAUAACAAGCUAAUCAAGCACUUUCCAUGCGAUCUGACAGCUGCCAACGCAGUGGCUGACGUGGCCAAGACCAUUCGGCAUGAAGUCGGCAAUCCCACCAUCCUAAUCAACAAUGCCGGCAUCAUGGGCACGCAUGGGGUUCUCGAGACGUCCGAUGAUUACCUGCAGAAGAUUUUCAAGAUUAACCUGCUUUCCCACUGGUCCACCACGAGAGAGUUCGUCCCCUACAUGAUCAAGCGUAACAAGGGCCACGUCGUUACUAUCGCAAGCAUGGCCUCGUUCGUCACCGUCGGCACCUCCCUGGACUAUUGUGCCACCAAAGCCGGGGCAUUGGCUUUCCAUGAGGGACUUGGGGGCGAGUUGCGCCAUAUAUACAAGGCCCCGGGCGUGAUCACUACCGUGGUCCAUCCCAACUACGUCCGCACGCCUAUGACUGGGGACCACACCUACCGAUAUGUGCGCCAGGAAGGAAGCAUGCUGGGGCCGCAGGAAGUCGGCAAUCGUGUUGUACAGCAGGUGCUGGCCGGACGUGGCGGCCAAGUUAUUCUCCCAGAACAUCUCUCCAUUACUACUUCGCUUAGGGCCUGGCCGACUUGGAUGCAGGACAGCGUUCGUGAUCUUAUCAGCAAGCCAGUUAUUGCAGGUCUCGGAUGAUUCCUUCGAAUUAGUUGCUGGCGCCUAUUAUGCUGGGCUUGCGCUGGGGUAUUAAUACAUUCAUAUCGUCCGUACACUGGGUAGUAUGCUGUACUAGGUAUAUGGGACUAAAUAUUGAUACAGUGUUGAAGGUCAACUGUGAAAAUGGAGAUGGGCAGGAGAACUUUCAAUAUAGGGACAGUUGGACAAAGCAAUGUGAUGUAUGGAAGCCAUUCCUUUUAGACCAAGAUAAAGAGUACACCUGAGUAGACAAUGAACUUUGUUAUAUAAUGCAUUCCUUUGUCCGCUCUGUC